AUGUGCAUGUGCCACUCCAACUAUUCUGAGAAGUCGCACCACAGAAACCUGCUCUGUCCUCACAGAGAUGAGAUGAAAAAUCAACAUACCGUGAAAAAUGGCUUGUCAAGCUUCAGUAAGGAGGUUUUACGCCAUCCCUUCUGCCACAGUCUCCCGCUACGAUAAUGUAAACACAGGCAAAGGUGGUUCAUCAGUUAGUUCCAAGAAGACGACCUUUGACCCCUCAGCUCUCUCCGAAGCGGCGACCUCUAAACCUGAUCCCACCCAAUCUGCCACAGCGGAGCCCAGCAGCACUGCCUGGACCACAAGCCUUCCAGAAAAAAGGGGCAUCCUAACUCUGGACUUACGAAACCCUCAGCCCCCGGGCCCAGCCCCUCCUCUGACCCCUCCUCUUCCUCCUCCUCCUCCUCCUCUAGACAGCCCCGACCUUUCACCUCUGCCACCUCCCUUCCUGUCUUCACCUCUGCUCUCAUCCAAACCUUUUUCUACCUCCCGUCCCUCAACACUGCCUCCAGCUGAGAGCCCCCCCCAUCCCGUCAACCUUAACCUAAAGACCCUGCCACGGCUCUCCAUCAGGGAGAACGGUGGCCCCCCGCCGGCGAUGGAUGAAGAGGAGGACGAGAGGAAGAUGCUGGAGGACGAUCUGAAGAGAUGCAUCGAUGACUUCAAGAAGAUCCGCUUGCCCAGACAGUUCCCGGAUCGCAAGAGGCACUGGCAGAGUGACUUGCUCAAGAAGUACAACGCAUAGUGCUGCAGCAACAACAAACUUGACGAAGAUUUUAUAACAAUGUUGUGAGCGGUGGACUCAAGAUUUACAUUCCUUUUGCUCCGAAAGUUUACUCAAACCUUUAAAUGUAUUAGCUUUUGCAUGACAACAGAAGUGAAUUGUCUGAUUAAGUUUAGUGCUUAGACUGAGCUCGAACACAUACACCAUUAAACAGUGACAUUUGUCUUUUCCCAUCAUAGAAAGCAACAUCCCUAUAGAAAUGUGUAGUCACACAUCUUUGUUUCACACAGCCAUUUGGAGAACCUUUUUAUUUAUGCUCACUCAAAGAAUGGUAUGUAAUGUCUGUAAUUAGAGAAGUCUGCCCUGCUCUCUCUACUGUAUCCACUGAUCAAGCAGCUGGAAAAUGUAAGCUAAGUGUGAAAUGCAUUUUAGGCUGUUGACCUUGCUGAUGCAAAAUAAAAGAAA